GGUUCAUGCCAACAACCCUUUCCAAAACCGUUUUAACUUAUAAACCCUAUUUUCUCUACAAAAAUCUCAUCCCUUUCUCUUCUUGAAAUAAAGAAGGGAAGAACAUUUUCGAUUUAAUUUUAGUUUUUUUUUUUUUUGGCUUUUGUUUUGGUUUUUCAUUUAUGAUCAAAGGUGGUGAUCGUGUGAAGGGUUCAUGGAGCCCACAGGAAGAUGCUAACUUGAUCAGGCUAGUGGAGCAACAUGGUCCGAGGAACUGGUCAAUGAUAAGCUCCGGGAUUCCUGGACGAUCCGGCAAGUCUUGCCGCCUACGGUGGUGCAACCAACUCAGCCCCGACGUGCAACACCGUCCGUUUACGCCCGCGGAGGAUGCUGUUAUAAUCCGAGCGCACGCCGCUCAUGGGAACAAAUGGGCCACCAUUGCUAGGCAACUGCCCGGACGUACGGAUAACGCUGUGAAAAAUCAUUGGAACUCGACUUUACGUCGGAAACGAGCCGCUGAGUUGUCGUCAGGGUCGUCGGAGUCGAACAACUCAGCGGUGAAAAGGUGGAGCAGUCAGGACGCGUCCGAGUCUGACUCGGGGAAUAAGAGGCAGUGCUUACGAGUGGAGGUGCAUGAGAAUGUAGAGUUCGUGGGGCCCAAGACGUUGCUGACGUUAUCUCCGCCGGGGGAGAGCGUGGUCUCGGGACACAUGGAGGAGAAGGUGGAAGACGAGGAGGAGGAAGAGGUGGUGAAAAGAGAUGAGGAAGGCGGUGGCAGAGGAGGUGGUGGUGGUGGAGAGGAGGAGAAACGUAGGGUGGAGAUGAAGGAGACUUGCUUGUUGACCAUCAUGCAACGUAUGAUAAAAGAGGAGGUUAGGAGUUACAUAGACAGAUUAAGAAUUGAUCAAAAUCCAUAGAACUAUUUAGUUUCUUAUAUUACUAAAUAAAUCUCUAAAACUUUUCUCUUUUUCAUUUUUUUUCCAUUGCUUUAGUUUGUAGCUUUCAAUGGGUAACCCAGGACUUGCAACUAAUGAUCAUGGAAGAUGAUCAUUUUCCCAUUGGAGCAGAUAUCACUGAAGCAUGCAGUUGCUAAUCUUUAGUAUUCGGGUUUUUUUAAGUAUAAUUUAAACAAUGCAAAAGCUGCAGUUACAUUGAGUUUAUGCAGUCCAGACAUUGAGUUAAGGUUUGGUUGGAUAUGUCUGACAAAUCCGACAAUUCACGACAAGAGUUUGCAGAACUACGAAGAACUCAGAUUCAUUUUCAGUGAACAUCUCUUGUUCCUCCCUUUCAGACUUUCCAUGGCGGAAAUGAUACGUUUUCCAACGAUGUAAUGAAACAAGGUUUAGUUUUAUGCAACCAUGAGAGACGCUGGAAACGAUCCUGGUCAGCUCCCGUGGCUGAUACAGAGCAUGUCUCGUGCGCUUGGCGUUAGAUUGAUGCCAUCUUUUAACUUUGAAGCAAAUUAUGCCAGUGGCUGGAGCUAGGCGUAGAUACAGAAUCCCUGCCAUACAUUAAUAAUUUCACAAACUACGGCUGAAAAGAACCUUAAUUGUUUCUCAUUUCAAACCUUGGACUGCUUACUUUCUCAUAAAACCCAAACUACAAAUGAUAAACCAGACAUAAACCAUGGAUUGUAACCUUGGUUAUCAGCAGCAUAUGACCUUCCCAAAGACUGAAAGUAGGAGUGUAAAAAGAUUUGAUUCAUUCCAUUCAAGCAACAACUUUCAAUUAUUUCAAAGUUAACAUCACCACAAACAAAUAAAGGAAUCAGGCAGAUAGUUUAUUAAAAGAUUGAUUCUCAUGAAAACCAAGCUUACAAAUGAUAAACCAGACACCAGCGGCAUACAACCUUUUCUUGUAGCCUACACUGCACAAAGACCCAGCUUUGAAUAGGUUCAAGAUCAAGAGUGUUUGAGCCAUUCAUGUCCUGCUCGGUCCCAAGCAAUGAUUCUCACCAUGGAAGGUACAUGCAACAAAACAAUGGAUUGGUUCCAAUUUGAGCACAAACUGCCCUCUAUAUUCAUGGCAAACAUAAUCAUCGAUUACCCAUUUCACAGCUCCAAGUAUCUUCCUAAGACAGCAAAGACCAAUCUCAUCCACCUAGACAUUACAUGCUCACUACAAUCAAUCUCUUAUCACAAUCUUCAAAUUUUGUAGAUAUAACAAUUAGCUAAAAGACUACUUUACCUUUAGCAUAACACCCAUCAAGUAAUUGAAAUCCAAAAGCAUAGACCUUUAAGCAGAAACUCAAUAACAUUUUUCCAGUAGAUGAAAAUGGUUCAACAAAAAUACAAGACUAAACCAUAGAAAUAAAAAAGGAAACAACUUUAAUCCUUUAACAAAAAGGUUCCCAUAAAACAACUGAAA